AUGAGCCUGACCUUCGUCGCGCCCGUCGGCAAUGCCGGCGUUGCCCCCGUCGAUCAGGCGUCCACGGUCCCACAGACUGCGCUGAGGGCCACCCAGGCCCAGGGCUCCCUCUCCACCACUGCGGCCGCCGCCCUCUGCGGCGCCGCCGCGGCUGCCGGGCUUGCAGCCAACCGCCGGCGCACUGCAAGGAAGGCCGAGCAGGAGCUUGCGACCCUGCCCAAACACAUGCAGCCAGUGGACAUGAACAAGGAGUAUCCCGCCUAUGUCAAGGGCAAGAAUGAGAACUGCAUGAUGCCUCAGAUGGUCGGCGACUGGGGCACCCCUAUCCCCGGCAGCGCCAAAGCCUGCUCGACCAUGAUCGGGGCGGGGGGUGUGGAGGUGGGGCUUUCCACGGGAGAGCCUUGGGACCCCCUGGGAUUGUGCAAGCUCUAUGACCGCAACUUUGAUUUCAACGGCAACAUGACCUUCCCGCAUGUGCAGUGGCUCCGGGAGGCUGAGCUGAAGCACGGCCGCUGCGCGAUGCUGGCGAUCGUCGGUAUCUUUGCGCAGGGCUCCUUCCACAUUGACGGCUACCCUGAGGCGCCUUGGUACGAGGGCCUGAAGCAGUGCUACGACCACCCGCAGGGCAUCGUGGGGCUUGGCAUUGCUCAGAUCUCGGCUUUCGCCAUGAUCAUCGAGGGCAAGUACUUCCCGAAGGACUCCUGGAUUGGCCAGAUGGACCGGGAGCCGGGUGACCUUGGCUUUGACCCCCUCAAGCUCGCCAAGGAUGCCCAAAGCAUGGAGGCCAUGCAGGUGAAGGAGCUCAAGAACGGACGCCUGGCCAUGAUGGCCUUCAUGUCGCAGGUGGUCGGCCACUACCUGCCCGGCAGCGUGCCAGGAGUCUCGGCGCUUCCUCGCGAGGCAGCACCAGCCCACUCCCAAGCCUUCUGCGGCACCACCUCCAGCCUUAACCAGAGCACCUCCAAGACCGCGGCGCGCUACACCACCCAGACCAUCCUCCCAUCCCUGGCCUGGAUCAAGACCGGUGUGAAGGCCUCGGAGCUCCAGCCCAAGCAGCUGAAGGCCCUGACCCUGGCUGGCAACGACGUCCUGAUCGGCAAGACUGAGGCGGGCGCCCUCUUCUGCGUUGGCAACCUCUGCCCCCACAUCGGUACGCCCAUGAGCGAGGGCGCGGACGUUAUCGGCGACGUCAUCGUCUGUCCGCUCCAUGGCUCUUCGUUCAAGGUCACCACCGGUGAGCUCCUCGACUGGUGCGUGUCCCCGCCUGUCAUCGGCCCCUUGACCGGCCUCAUCGUGGAGAAGAAGAACCUCCUGGUUUUCGAGGUCCGCCAGGGUGGCUUCCUGGGAUCCGGCGAUGUCGAGGUGCUUGUGGACACCAACGCCAAGAAGGCCUACGAGGCCUGGUACUGGAAGGGCCUCCUGGAUGCCCAGGGCAAGGAUGACGGAACCUACUACUGA